AUGGUUCAACGCCGUAAGGAGAUGAACAGUCGGUAUCAAAUCGGCGGGGCCAACGCCGACCUGGCCUAUGGACUUGAGAACCUUUGGUUCAACGCGGACUUGGAGCCCCAAUCCUUGUGGGUUAAUCUGGGGUUCUGGAAGACCGCAACCCAUCCCUCCGAGGCUUGCGCAGACUUGUUCAGAGAGCUCCUAGCCACGGCUGGGAUUUCAGCUCAACAGCAGUUUUCGAUGCUGGAGGUCGGGUGCGGGUGCGCUGAGACCGCCCGUCUGCUGCUGAAGGAGUACCAGGACAAAUGUACCCACUGGGUUGGCCUCACGCUCAGCUCUCUCCAAGUGAAGAUGGCAGAAGACCGCUUGAGAGAAGACACGGUCUUGUCCCACGGGAAAACCAAGACCAAAUGCCAGAUCUUCCAGGCCGAUGCCGCGCAGCCAAAUACAUGGAACGCCGAAAUCAACGACGCAGUCCGCUCGCUGCCCAACCCAUGGCUGGUGUCCCUGGAUGCGCUGUGUGAUUUCCGACCCUCAAGGAAGCCUAUUCUCACCUUUGCUCGUCAAGAGCUAGGAGUCUCGGUUGCGGUCACGGAACACCUCAAAAAAGAGAAUAUGUCGACGCUUGACACCCUCAAGACGUGGGCUUCCUUCCGUCUACUCGACACGUCCUGGGACCGCGUGCUGACCAGACAGCAAUACAUUGAUACGCUUGUGGAGUGUGGAUAUAAGCGGGAGAAUAUCUCCAUCGUCUCUUAUUCGGAGCAUGCGUAUGCCCAGUACAGCCGCUUUGUCAGUCAGCAGGGACGCAAGUGGCAGGAAAUGGGGGGCAGCAAGUGGGAUUAUAUGGACUUCUCGAUAGCAGGAUUUGUUACCAACUGGUGGGCACGCAGUGGGCUCGUAGAGGCAUGUAUUAUUGUCGCGCGGGCUUAA